GGCCUGAUCAGUUGCCCCGUUUCUUUGCUGCCGGUCUUGUGGAGAAACCACCAUCGCCACGCAAGGGUCCAUCUCCAUCCCUUGCUGAGCAACGAGACGUCGAUCGAGACCCCUUUUGUGUUGCUGAAAAAAGCCAGGAGGAGGCCGGUCGGGUCACUUGUGUUGGCAGCAGUGGUGGAUUCCACUUCCAGACUUCCUCCGUCCGGCGCGGCACGGCUUGCCGUAGAAACGUAUCCCCGGAGGAGACUGUCGUCGUCUAGCUUUUGCGUUGGUUUCGAUCAUCGCGCGGCCCGAGUGCGCCAUGGGUAAUAAUGGAGAGCAAAAAGAAGCUCCGGCCGACUCGGCGGUUCGUCGUCGGAAUUAAUCGGGCGCUAUAAGUAAAGUACGCGACUCGCACAAGACGAAGCCGGGCGACCCUGCCAGUGUCAAGUCUGGUUCGCCGCACCGCGGCGGCGCGACGAGCAUGUCGGAGAAGACGCCGCCGCCAACGACGACGACGACGAAGGCCGCGACGCUGAGCCGGCCAUGUGUUCUGAUCAUAGUAAUAAUGCCGGGCGUUCGAGAUGAGCGAGCCUGUUGAUCGGUGACGACGUUGUGAUCGAUGUGGCAGCGAUGGCGGGCGUGGAGAGGUUCGCGAACAAAGGGGUGGGGUCGAAUCUGGUGACGUACCUCACCGGCGUGGUGGGGAUGAGCACGGCGGCGGCGGCCAAGAGCGUCAUCGCCUGGAACGGCGUCAGCUUCAUGCUGCCGCUCGUCAGCGCCAUCCUGGCCGACUCCUACUGGGACGACCGCUACUGCACCAUCGCCGUCUCCUCCUUGCUCUACGUCUUGGGAAUGGUAGCACUCACCACAUGGGCACUGCUGCGGACACGGAUGCGGCGCUCCACGCUCUUCUUCCCGCUCUACCUGAUGUCCAUCGGGCAAGGCGGAUACCAGCCUUCGCUGCAAGCCUUCGGCGCUGACCAGCUUAGCAUCGGAGACGACGACGACGACGACACCGAGCCCAGCGCCACGCCGGAGGAGAAGGCCAAGGUGAAGAGCAUGUUCUUCCAGUGGUGGUACUUCGGCAUGUGCAGCGGAAGCCUGCUGGGGAACUCCACCAUGUCCUACGUCCAGGACAACUUCGGCUGGGGGCUCGGCUUCGCCAUCCCCAGCGCCGUCAUGGCCAUCUCCGUCGCGGCGUUCUUCUGUUGCACCCCUCUGUACAAGCAGCAGACGCAGGCAAAGGGCUCCGGUAAUAAGCCGUCUCCGAAUAGCGUCUUCAAGGUCCUCAAGUCGAUUCUUGCUAGCCGAAAGAUCAGUCUGCCGUCGAGAGACGACAAUGGCGACGCCGCUUCUGAGCUUGAGUUGCAAGAGAAGCCACUGAAAGCUGAACCAGCAGAUGAUACAAAAGAGUCGUCACUGGAUGAUGAGGCUGCUCCUGGCGUGGCCAAGGUCAUACUCGGCCUCCUGCCAAUCUGGGCGAUCCUGCUCGUCUUCGCGGUGAUCUUCCAGCAGCCGAUGACGUUCUUCACCAAGCAGGGGAUGCUGAUGGACCACACGAUCGGCGUCGGCUCCGGCUCCUUCGUGAUCCCGCCAGCGAUGCUCCAGAGCUCGAUCACCGUCUCCAUCAUCCUGCUCGUGCCCAUGUACGACAGGAUGAUCAUCCCGCUGAUCAACGCCGUCACCGGGGGCAGCGACGGCAUCACGGUGCUGCAGCGGAUCGGCGUCGGCAUGGUCCUCUCCGUCGUGGCCAUGGUCACCGCGGCGCUCGUCGAGUCGUGGCGGCUCCGCGUGGCACCUGCUGUCCGGCUGACCAUCUUCUGGCUCCUGCCGCAGUACGUCCUGCUGGGGAUCUCGGACGUGUUCACCGUGGUGGGGAUGCAGGAGUUCUUCUACACGCAGGUGCCGGCCUCCAUGAGGACCACCGGCAUCGGGCUCUACCUCAGCGUCUUCGGCGUCGGCGGCUUCCUCGGCGCGUUCCUGAUCACCGCCCUCGAGAUGGCCACGGCGAGGCCCGGCAACGCCCGGGGAUGGUUCUCUGACGACCCGCGGGAGGCGCGCCUAGAUAACUUCUACUGGUUCUUGGCUCUUCUUUGCUUCAUCAGCUUUGUGAUAUUCACGCACUUGUGCAAGUACUACAAUGGCAAAUCUGCGUCAGGGAGGUAGGAUCAGAGUCAGUGGAGACAAGGACGAUUGGCUGUUCGAUCUUGAUUUUGCUUGACAGGUUGAAUGAAAAUUCCAUACUUCUAUUUACAGGAUGAUUUCAGGGGUAGUAGUUCAGGUGUGUAAUGUUUUCAGAACGAGAUGUAGUUCAGGUUUUUCACGUGCUCUGUUCCGUGAGACACUUGUACAAAGCUUUUGUACCUUGUGAUUUGUCAGAGUAAAAGAAAAUACAUGCUUGGAAAAAAGAAACAUGUUAAAUA